AUGGCUUGUUGCCCAACGGAAGAGAAAUAUGGCUACGAAGAUAGCAGGUUUGAGAAAGAUGUCGACGAAAAUUUUCAUUGUUCAAUCUGCUACAAUGUUCUUAAAGAACCAAGGAUGUGUAGAAAUAAUGAACACGUCUUUUGUCUUGGCUGCAUCAGUGAACAUCUGAAAGUAAAUUCUCAAACUUGCCCCGAAUGUAAUGAACAUUUGAGCGUCGAUACGCUUCGUCGACCACGUUUAGUCAAUAACUAUUUGUCUAAGCUAAAGAUUAAUUGUGAUUAUGCCAGUCGAGGAUGUCCUGAGUUUACUUGUGUUGAAGGUCUCGAAACUCAUGUUGCCAGUUGCGAGUUUUCUCCUGUGUUUUGUUCAAAUGAAAAUUGUGGCAUGGAGAUUAAUAAGCAGGACAAGGUCCAUCACGAGACUGAAAUUUGUGGAUAUAGGAAAGUGAAAUAUCAUGAUUUUGGACAGAUACAGGAAGAUAUCGGUACGUUGACAGGAAGUCUAAUAGCACUGAACGGGAAAGUGGGAGAAGUGGAAAAAAACAUGGAGACUAAUCAUGCUGAAAUGAAAAGAAUUCUGGGGAAAUUGGAAGGAAGCUUAGUGGGAAUGAAUAAAAGGAUCCACGAAAAAGUGGAAGCAUCGAAGAACAGCCAUGAUGAAAUGAAACAUGACCAACAUGAAGUUAAGAAAGAAAUGGGAGCUAUGAAAGAAAAUCUCUCAAAAAUGAACAAAGACGUGGACGAAGUCAAAGUCAUGAUGAGUCAAAUGUUAGAAGAGCUAAAUGUGCUUGAAUUGCGUAACAAACUUCCAUCUCCUACCGCGGGAAUGUUUAAUACACUAAACGAAGAUAUUUUGAUUGCAGGUGGCUCUGGCCGCGAUUCGGGAUGUAGUGCAGAAAUAUUUUCCUGGGAGAAGAAUGGUUGGUAUGAGAUUUUGCAAAUGAAUGAACGUCAUGCGGGAGCUUCAUCAUUUAUUUAUAAUGAUCAGCUAUUUGUUGUUAGGGGACAGGGUACUAAUACAAUAGAAACUUUAGAUCUCAAUGAAUUACCUUUGAAAUGGAUGACAUUUUCUGACGAACUUCGUUAUGAAAGUAUUGGUCAUCAAUCUGUUGUUCACCAACAGCAUGUCAUUCACAUUGGUGGAUGUAAUUAUUACGAGGAAGAGUCUAACGUGAUUAGUGAAUUGCAACUUACCUCACCUUGCACACUGAAAGAGUUGUGCCAAAUGCCCCAGCCACGAUAUUGUCAUGGCGCUGAAACCUUUGAAGGUAAAGUCUUGAUCUUGGGCGGAGUAGGUGAUGAUAAUGUUGUUUUAGACAGUGUGUUGGAGUUUGAUCCAGAGAAGAAUGAAUGUAAGGAGCUGCCAUCAUUACCACAUCCUCUGAAAGAAAUGGCAACAGUUCGCUGGAGAGAUCAAGUAGUUGUACUUGGAGGUCGUGAAAAGGAUGGUCAAGUUCUGAAUGAUGUUUUCAUGUAUGACUGUAAGACGGGCAAGAUCACAGUCUUACCAUCCAUGUUGCAGAUUAGAUAUUAUUGUUGUGCAGUUAUCACUGGAAAUACAAUUGUAGUCGUGGGAGGUAGGAAUGAAGAUUAUGAUCCUCUCAGUUCAGUGGAGUGUUUCACAAUGGGAGGUUUCACAUGGAAAUAUCUUCCCAGCAUGAAUAACGAACGGUCUGAAGCAGUUGCUGAAGUUCUACCCUCAACAGGGAAACAUGUGUAUGUUUGA